AUGAAGACCCGCGGGGUUUCUGUUAGAAACCAGGCGCCGAGUUUGGAGGACCCGAGACCCCACACAAAACGCACGCCCAGAACCGUCACUUGGUCUCGGACAAACACGGGUUUCAAAGAAGCAAGUACUAAUGCGUUCACAGGCUACGAGUUCAAGGGCAAACUCUCUUGCAACCUCCGACUGGCGUAUUCCAAACCCUCCCACCCCUCAGAACUCUCCUCCCGGUGCGUGCGCCCUUCGACACUAUGGAAGGUGCUCCUGGGACUGCUGGGCGUCGCCGCGCUCGUCACCGUCAUCACCGUGCCGGUGGUUCUGGUGAACCAAAAUAAAAAUACAGCAGCUGACAAACGCAACACCUACACUCUAUCUGAUUACUUGAAAAAUACGUUCAGAUUGAAGUACUACAACUUACGAUGGAUUUCAGAUCAUGAAUAUCUCUACAGAGAAGAUAAUAAUAUCUUGGUAGUUGAUGCUGAAAGUGGAAGAAGCUCCAUUAUCUUGAAGAACAGUACACUUGAUGAACUUGAAUACUCCAUAAAUGAUUAUUCAGUAUCUCCUGAUCGAAGUUUUAUUCUCCUAGAGUACAACCAUGUAAAGCUAUGGAGGCAUUCCUAUACAGCUUCAUAUGACAUUUAUGACAUAAAAAAAAGUCAACUGAUUACAAACGAGAGCAUUCCAAACAACACACAAUGGAUCUCAUGGUCACCAAUGGGUCAUAAAUUGGCAUAUGUUUGGCAAAAUAAUAUUUAUGUUAAAAAUGAACCAUAUGAACAAGCCCAGAAGAUUACAUCGGAUGGGAAAGAAGAUGUGAUAUAUAAUGGAAUUACUGACUGGGUUUAUGAAGAGGAAAUCUUCAGUGCCUACUCCGCUCUGUGGUGGUCUCCAAACGGCACUUUUUUAGCAUAUGCCCAAUUUAACGACACAGAAGUCCCGCUUAUUGAAUACUCCUUCUACUCUGAUGAGUCACUGCAGUACCCAAAGACUGUGCGGGUUCCAUAUCCAAAGGCAGGAACUGCGAAUCCAACUGUAAAGUUAUUUAUUGUAAAUACUGAUGCCCUCAGCUCAGGCCCUGCUGCACCUGAACAAGUCGUUGCUCCUGCUGCUAUUUUGACAGCGGAUCACUACUUGUGUGACGUGACAUGGGUGAACUCAGAAAGGAUUUCCUUGCAGUGGCUUCGGAGGAUUCAGAACCAUUCAGUCAUGGAUAUUUGUGACUAUGUUAGCUCAGAGAGAAAGUGGAAUUGCUUGGUGGAACGGCAACACACUGAAAACAGUACGACUGGCUGGGUUGGAAGAUUCAGGCCUUCAGAACCUCAUUUUACUUCUGAUGGCAAUCGCUUCUACAAGGUCAUCAGUGAUCCAGAAGGCUAUAAACACAUUUGUCUUUUCCAAGUAAAUGAGCAAAACUGCAAGUUUAUUACAAAAGGAGAGUGGGAAGUCAUCGGAAUAGAAGCUCUUACGAAUGAUUACCUGUACUAUAUUAGUAAUGAAUACAAAGGAAUGCCAGGAGGAAGGAAUCUUUAUAAAAUCCAACUUAGUGACACCACGAAAGUGACAUGCCUUAGUUGUGAGCUGAAUCCAGAGAGGUGUCAGUACUACUCCGUGUCUUUUAGUAAAGAUGCAAAGUACUAUCAGCUGAGAUGUUCCGGCCCUGGUCUGCCCCUUUAUGCUCUGUACAACAGUGGGAAUGAUAAAGAAGUGAGAGUCCAGGAAGAUAAUUCAGCUUUGGACAAAGCGCUUCAGGAUGUCCAGAUGCCCUUCAAAAAACUGGACUAUAUUAUUUUGCAUAACACAAAAUUUUGGUAUCAGAUGAUCUUGCCUCCUCAUUUUGAUAAAUCCAAGAAAUAUCCUCUACUAAUAGAUGUAUAUGCAGGUCCUUGCAGUCAAAAAGUAGAUGCUGUCUUCAGACUCAGCUGGUCUACUUACCUUGCAAGCACAGAAAACAUUAUAGUAGCUAGCUUUGAUGGCAGAGGAAGUGGUUACCAAGGAGACAAAAUCAUGCAUGCAAUCUACAGAAGACUGGGAACAUUUGAAGUUGAAGAUCAAAUCGAAGCAGCCAGGCAAUUUUCAAAGAUGGGAUUUGUGGACAAUAAACGAAUUGCAAUUUGGGGCUGGUCAUAUGGCGGGUACGUAACCUCAAUGGUCCUGGGAGCAGGAAGUGGCGUGUUCAAGUGUGGAAUCGCCGUGGCGCCCGUGUCUCGGUGGGAGUACUAUGACUCAGUGUACACAGAACGUUAUAUGAGUCUCCCAAAAGACAACCUCCAUUAUUACAAGAAUUCAACAGUCAUGAGCAGAGCUGAAAAUUUUAAACAAGUUGAGUACCUCCUUAUUCAUGGAACAGCAGAUGAUAACGUUCACUUUCAGCAGUCAGCUCAGAUCUCCAAAGCCCUGGUGGAUGCUGGAGUGGAUUUCCAGGCAAUGUGGUACGCGGACGAAGACCACGGAAUCGCCAGCAACACAGCUCACCAACAUAUAUACACCCACAUGAGCCACUUCAUAAAGCAGUGCUUCUCCUUAGAGUAGCCCCUAGAAAAAACAUGCCAUUUAAAGCUUAUUAAGAGCCAGUUUUGUUCUCAACUUCAUAAACUGCUAUAAGGAUUUUUUAAAAAAUACAUAUACUCAAAUCAAGAAAGUGAAGGUUAUCUUUAUUUCCCGAUUUCACACCUAUCACCCUAAAUAGGGAUUUCUGUCUUAAUAACAGAUUAUUACCUUACAGAAGCUUGAUUAUUCAAAUUGAUUUUAUUAUUUAAAAUCACUUCCACAUCAGUUGCUGACAUGAGAAACAAGAAAUGUUUUAAAUGGGAGUUUUGCAUAGGUUUCCUGGACAGCAUUUAAUUGUCUCCUAACGGGACUAGUCCAAAUCAUGUUCUCUCUUUGAAGGGAUGGCAAGAUAUGGACAGGGAUGUCAGUGACUGAAGCCGGGAUAUGAAAAGCCUAGUAGGGAGAGGGGCUGACGACAUGGCUGAUACCCUGUGUCCACACACGCCGACCCGACUAGACUAUUGUCAGCUCCUCUCAGAAAAGAGCUGCUUCCAGCCAGACUGGCACCGUUUUCUAAGAAAGACUAUUCCGUCUCAGGAAAUCAUAUAUGCAAAGCACUGACUUCUGAGUAAAACCACAGCAGUUGAAUAGACUCCAAAGAAACGAGAAGGAAACCGUCAACAAUGCAAGGCCCCCAGGUGCCAGUGAUGGCCAUAGGUGCUACAGAAAUACAGCAAGGGUGACGGGAAAGCACUGUAAAUGUGCUUUGAAAAAUACUGAUGUUUCCUGGGGAAAGAGGCAGCUUGGAACAGAGAUGCGAACACAUCAGCUUGCCCUGUUCAAAGAUGAAAAUAUUUGUAUCACAAAUCCUAACUUGAAGGAUUCCUUGCAUCAGUUUUUCUUAUUUCAUUUCCUUGAGUAUCUUAAUUAAAAGGAUAUUUUGACUCCCUUGAAAUUGUUUUUAAAAUUGAAAAUAAGUUAGAAUUUUAUGUAUUGUUUUCAUUUUACA